AACGAGGGGUUUUCAUCCCCUCACCGAAUCAAAACGCUACCUUGGAAAAAGGUGGGGAAAAAACUGAACAUGCUAACAUCUCUUCGUCCGUCAUGCAAUCUACCCCUCCGCCGCUUCAUCUGCAAGAUCCACCACUCACCAUCUUUCGACCACCCCCAGCUCCCCCUCUACAAGGAAUCCUUCGCCAAGCGAAUGGCCAUGGCUGGGAUCAAGCCCCACCAUCGGAUCGCUUUGGGAGUAUCCGGUGGGCCCGACAGCACGGCGCUCUGCGUGCUGGCGACCGGGUGGAAGUCCGAUUGCUUGGCGAGGAACGAGGGUUCAGGGUACAUCGAUGGGCUACUGGGGAUUGUUGUGGACCAUAGAUUGAGGCCCGAGAGCGGCGACGAGGCUGAUUUGGUGCGAAAUAGGGUUUCGAAAAUGGGGAUUAGAUGUGUGGUUGAAUGCUGUGAUUGGUCGAAGGGUAAACCAAAGUUGGGGCAUUUGCAAGAGGCAGCUCGCGAUAUGAGGUAUCGAAUAUUCCAGCGUGUUUGCAUGGAACAACAGAUAGGAGUCUUGCUUAUUGCACAUCAUGCUGAUGAUCAGGAUGAGCUUUUUAUACUGAGAUUAUCGCGCAACAGUGGAGUCCUUGGGUUGGCAGGCAUGGCGUUUAUCUCACAACUAUUUUCAACAUAUUCACAUUACUCAGAAGGAAACCAAGGAAUUCUCCUUGUGCGACCAAUGCUAGAACUUUCAAAAGAUGAUAUGUACAAAAUCUGUAAAGGGGGAUAUCAAGAAUGGGUGGAGGAUCCUACAAACCAGCGCCCAUUGUUUGCUCGUAAUCGGUUGCGUAUGUCACUAAAGAACAUAUCAUCAAAUGCCUUUAAAUCAGAAAUGCAAAGACUUAUUUCUGCUUGUCGCAUAACACGUUCAUUUAUUGAAAAUGUUUGCCGCAAGAUGAUUGAGCACUGUGUCACCAUUACUGAUGUAAGCUAUUUGUAUUGUUUGUUUCCUUUUGAAUUUCCUUUUUGCUCUUUGAUCUACAUGCUACAGUUUAUCUCUCAAAGGCAGAGGCCAAUUCGUGGUAGUGUUUCACAGUUACUAUUGGACUACGUGCGGAGGCUUCCUUGCAAGACCUCCCUAACUGCAGCUGGUUGUUAUCUCUCUCCAGCUCCUCAGUCGAAGGGCAAAAAGAUCCUGGUUAGUUCUCAUGAUUCACCACAGUCAUCAACAGCGUCAUCAUCUCAUACACAACCAUUUAAUAAACAGCCUCUUUUGCCGGGAGAGAUAGAUCAAAUAAUUUCUCACCUGAAAUCAUGUUCUGAUAAAUAUAUCCCAGAAGCUCAUGAUGUACAUUUCCUGCAUGCAAAAUCUCCUGAGGAUGUUCUUAACGAAGCUAAAAGGCUCAAUCUUAUAAGUGAAUCAACCUUGUCAACCAUGCAAUUGUUACAGAUGGAAGAACGUAACAAAUUUAUUUCCAAGCCAGAAUGUGAAUCCAGUUGUAAAUCUUGGCAUGAAAAAGGAGUUUCUAGUUCUUCAUAUAUAACACUAAGUCAGGGUGAAUCAUGUCAUUUCAUGAGUAGAUUUCUUGUCGCAUAUGAAGUUUGUAGAGGUGCAUUAGAAGAUGGACUUUAUUCAAGCUCGAGCAGUUUGUAUCAGGAGUCAGUAGACAACCAGGAUCAUCUUUGUCAGUUUUGCAUGAGUGGUCAAAUGAACUCAAUUACAAUACGCCACAUGGUUAAUGCUGAUUGGUUGUAUCUUGCUAAAGUUUCGAAUAGACAGUCAAGGCUAGAUUUUCAAGAUAAUACAAAUGCUCCAGUAAUGAAUUUCGAGCAGAUUUUGUCAAGGGAAGUCCAGUGUUCAGCUCACAUGCGAGUUUCAGCAAAGAAAGCUCUUCAGACUUUGAAGUCCAUUCCAGUUUCUGCUAGGAGAGCAUUGCCCGUUGUCGUUAAUUCUUGUGAUUUACUGCUAAGCAUACCGAGCAUUGGCUUUAGCUUCUGCCCUUAUCUGCAUGUGACUGCUGCAUUUAAGCCAAGGGUACCACUUGGUGGAGGUUACAGUUCAUACCUUUGAGACAAAUUUCUAGCUUCAGUCGAAAUUGUAAACAGUAGUUCUUAGAGGAGGCUGCAAGUCAAACUCAUAUAUAGACUGUGGAGGUUUGAGAUGAACAUUCCCGAGGACUUUCGAUAUCUUGGAUGUGAUCAGCUGCCAAAUGAUAACCUUGUGGAAUAUAUGAUUUAUUUGUCUUCAAUGAUGUGAUUACAGACAAGUACAUGUAAAAUAUAUGCGGUUUUAUUGGCAAUAUGCUGUUGAAAUAUAUGUGAUCUAUUUAUCUGUUGUUAUUUUCAAUUUCAAAUUUGUUAAACUUUGUCAAAAAUCGUCAGUAUAA